GGACGCUCGGAAGUCAGAGAUUUCCGAGUUCCCAGUUGAUCUGAAGGAGUUCCCAUCAGUUGUCUUAAAAGCACCAUAAAUGUCUCGAAUUUUUCUUCCAUAGAUCCACCUUACCUUACCAUCGAUAAUUUCUACAACAAGGAGACUGGUGUGUUUGAGGUGGUCAGUGAUGCAGUGGAGGCUCUACCUAGGAGGAUCAGGUCAGCCCUGCAGUACUUUCAAUCACAACCUCUCACUGACCCAACAGAGCUGGCUGCUAGACCCAUGGUGGACAACCACUACACUGUUCUGCGCUUGGACAGAGAACAAGGAGUGGAGUGGAUCCUAAAAGAAAGAAUACCCUUGUUUAUUCAAAGUGACUGCUACUUUGAGUACAGGUUAGCGAAGCUACUUUCUCAGUGGGGCCCUCGGGGCUGGAACCAGAAGAGGGAUGGCGUCUCAGUCCAACACCCUGUCACCACAGAGCCUGUCUGUCCUUCCCCUGGGCCUGAUGACAGAGAGACCCUGAUGAAGGUCCUCUAUGUCUCACUGGGGCAGGCGACACUUUCCUGUUUGUGUUCUCUGUGUGUCUGCAAGCCUCAGUAACAGACAUGUUGACUAUGGCUGAGGUCAAGGACAAGCAGCAGCCUGUCUGUACCCAGUCUGUGAAAACCCCAGUGUGCUCCCUGGGCCGGGAGGGACAGAGGGGUCUGACCUCAGCCUGCUUCUCCUGCAUCCCUGACUCAGAGUCCUACGCCCUCUCUUCCUCACUCCUCAUCCCCCGUCCUCUCUGCUCUUCAGUUCUAGACUGGGACAGGAGACAGGGAGCCCACAGCCCAAAGCAGGAGAUGAGAGUCUACCUCACAGAGACAGAGGAAGGAACUACAGAUCAGGGUAAUGGGGACCCCAACCCCCAGAGUCCCUCCUGUUAUAGUCCAGUAGAACAGCUUGCUGUCAGUCUGAUGGAGCGGAUACUGAGAGAUGUGGGGACAGAGAUGGACGACAGACAGGUCACCAUGGUGACAGAGAUGGCCAAGAGACAGGUCACCAUGGUGACAGAGAUGGACAUGAGUUGGAGUAGCAGCAGUAGCAGUGAUGAGGAGACAGGUGGUCCCCACACAGAGAGCCCCUGUGAGGGAGGUCCAGCCAUCAUCCACAGCAGACUGAAGGAGCAGGAGGAGGGUGGAGGGUCAGAGGAGGAUGACCCUGACCUUAGGUUCUAUGAUGGCACUGGUAGUAUCCAUGGUGAUAGACAGGGUCUUGGUGAGUUUAAGGAGUUCUUAAAGGGAACACCAGGAGAGAAGCUGUUGCGUCUGUGGAUGGAUAUAGAGAGACUGAACACCCUACAGGACGGUAGGAGGAAAAACAGGCAUUUGGUCCAGAUGCGUAGCUGCUACCUGCUGACCAGUGACCAGAGCAGUCUGAAUGGUGAGCUGUUGACCAGACUGGGUCUCUCUACCUCCCCCUGCUGGAGAGAGGACAGACUGCAGAGAGCACAGCCCCGCCUCACUGAGGCACUGCUCUGCUACUGGGGUCCAAGGUUCAGGCUGAGUCAGAGAGCAGCAGAUCCUCUCAGACUGUCACUGUGGAGGAAGAGACCGCUAUGCUAUCCCUCUGGUGUCAACCCUAACCCUCGUUACACCACCCUCCACCCUCUCACCUGUAUACCUAGACCCACCAUCUGCCCAGACACCUCUCUACCCAGGGACAGGACCCCCACACCAGGACACACAGACAGGUUCUGCCAGCAGCAGCAGCACCAGUCCUGUUCUAGGGGACAGGAGGAUGGAGAGGAUGUUGCAGGCCCACAUGUGGACUCACGGGCCGGGUUCUACUUCACACACUACUGUGAACGCUCUAGAAACCAGACUCGUCCCCUGCCCACAGUCUGAAGUCGAAGGGCAGCAGACAGUCCAGACAGAGCCAACACCAUGCCCAGCAGUGCUCUGUCCUCUCCCCCAGGACAGACAGAGCCAACACCAUGCCCAGCA